UCAUCUCAAGAUUAGAACUAAAGCUAGGAUUUCUGAUCUCUAGUUUCCUCCUUUACUGCAGUAAUGGAGAGGAGAAGGAUCACGAUGAAGCUCCUCCUAUCCUUGAUGGCGAGCUUCGCGCUCCGGCUGCAGGCCUCGAAUCCGGUAGUUGACCGUUUCUACGAGCCGUUCGACGAGCCGUUCGAGGGGCGAUGGAUCGUGUCGAACAAGGACGCUUACAAUGGUAUUUGGAAAUACUCCGAGAGCGAGGGACAUGAUGAUUAUGGGCUCCUUGUGAGCGAAAAAGCCAGGAAAUAUGCGAUAGUUAAAGAACUCGAUGAGCCGAUUAAUCUCAAGGACGAAACCAUUGUUCUACAGUUUGAGGCCCGUUUUCAGAAUGGUCUCGAGUGCGGAGGUGCUUACCUCAAGUAUCUCCGACCUCAAGAUGCAGGUUGGACUUCGAAGGAGUUUGACAAUGAGUCUCCCUACUCCAUCAUGUUCGGACCCGAUAAAUGUGGGUCUACAAACAAAGUCCAUUUCAUCUUCAAGCACAAGAACCCCCAAACCGGGGAUUAUAUCGAGCAUCAUCUCAAAUACCCACCAACUAUUCCGUCCGACAAGCUCUCUCAUGUCUACACAGCUGUCCUAAAACCCGAUAACAACCUUCACGUCUUGAUUGAUGGCCAGGAAAAAAAGACGGCCAAUUUUCUCACUGCCGAUGAUUUUGAUCCGCCAUUCGUGCCUCCUAAGACAAUCCCUGAUCCAGAUGAGAAGAAACCUGAGGAUUGGGAUGAGAGAGCAAGAAUUCCGGAUCCUAACGCAGUAAAGCCUGAUGACUGGGAUGAGGAUGCCCCGAUGGAGAUUGAAGAUAUGGAGGCUGUCAAGCCUGAAGAUUGGCUUGAUGACGAGCCAGAGGAAAUCGAUGAUCCUAAAGCAACUAAGCCAGAAGAUUGGGAUGAUGAAGAGGAUGGAGAAUGGGAGGCGCCGAAGAUUGAGAAUCCAAAUUGUUCUCUAAUAUCAGGGUGCGGCGAGUGGAAGAGACCAAUGAAGAGGAAUCCAGCUUAUAAGGGUAAAUGGCAUGCUCCUUUGAUUGAUAAUCCAAGCUUCAAGGGUCUGUGGAAGCCGAGGGAUAUUCCCAAUCCUGAUUAUUUUGAGCUUGACAAACCUGAUUUUGAGCCUAUUGCUGCUAUCGGAAUCGAAAUCUGGACAAUGCAGGAAGGGAUCUUGUUUGAUAACAUAUUGAUAGCUGGUGAUGAGAAGAUUGCCGAGUCGUAUAGAGAGAAGACAUGGAGGCCGAAGCAUGAUGCUGAGAAAGAGAAGGAGAAGGCUGAAGAAGCAGCUGAUGGUCUCUCUAAAGCACUUUCAACCUUCCAGAAGAAGGUGUUUGACACUUUAUAUGCAGUAGCGGAUGUUCCUUUACUGGAGCCAUACAGAACCAAGAUCAUUGAAAUGAUUCAGAAGGGUGAGGAGCAACCAAACCUAAGAAUUGGAAUCCUUGUGUCGAUUGUGAUAGUUAUGUUUACAGUCAUCUUCAACAUUCUUUUUGGGGGAAAUAAGAAACGUGCAGCUCCAGUUACAGCAAAAGGCAAAAGUUCCAAAGUCAUGGAAGAAAAACCACGAAAUAGUAACGAAAAGGAAGAGGACAUGAAAAAAGAAGAUACUGCAGGAGCGCGUCCUAGGACUAGGAGGAAUACGUAGGAGUUCAGCAGAACUUUACACAGAUAGAUAGAACCUGAUAACUUUUUUGUUCAGCCUAAUGUGGUCCUUUACAUUUUUUAUUUUUAUAUUUUAUUUUUGCUUUGCUAGGAAAUUUCGAAGUUUUUCUUAGAUAAAAGGGAACUCUAGAGUUUGAUUUUUCUUUGGAUUAAUUUUCCUCGGUUUGACUACUUUGGUCUUGGUCCGUUGUCGACUAAGAGAAAUUGUUUUGUGGAAGACUGCUACAAUUUUAGGCAUUCAUUAUUAGUUAAUAACUUUUUGAAUCAGAUAA